UGUAUUGUAGAUUUUCAGUGUUUGUGUGUUGUCAACCAUCCAAAUUCCAAAUAUUUUUUAUUCUCUCCAUUUUCUGUGCAAAAGUGAAUUAAAAUGUUAUGUUCUCGUAAGAGAACCUAAGUUAUCAAUGGGUAAGAAGUAGUUGCAGGUUGUGACACGUGAAAGUGAUUCGUAGUGAACUAAAUCGAUUCGUUGUAUCCGCGACGGUGCUCAGAAAUUCUAAUUAUGCUCAACAUCAACAGAUAGUGAUGGAGUGCCGUCCAUACAAAUUGAAUGAGGAUUCUUUGAACCCGCUGUGCGUAGAGUUCUUUUCGGAGCAUUCCCGCUCGCCGAGCCCCGCGCCCGUGCUCACCGCGAGCGGCGACUGCGACUUGGAGGACAUCUUGACCGACGCCAUAUCAGAGUCUCUCUCAGGCUCACUCAGGAUCACGAGAAGCCAGAGCCAGCUGGUGGACCAAGAGCUGACGGUGCGGCCAGAAGCCAACAUCCAGACCAACGUGCCGGACGGGCUCGACCUGUACAAAGUCAUCUACGAGGCGGAGACAGACUCUGACGAGGAUAUGGAUCAUGUGGAUGCUGCCAUUGCACCCGUCCUCACUGAACCACCUUCGCUGCCGUUAAAAGAGGACAACUGUCGGCUGGUGGGCGGCUCCAAGUUCUACGAGGUGAUGGUGGGCGCGCCCCCCGCCCCCGACCCCGCCGCCGCCUCACCCCCCGCUGCCUCGCCCACCGAGAAGCACGACCACAUGAAGCCAACUGAGAGCGACGAUGAAGUAUCAGACGUGGACCAAGAGUGCACGGUAUUCAGCGGCGUGUCCUACCUGGGCGCCCAGAACAUCGCCGACCCGAAGUCUGAGAGCGACAUACAGCGCAUCAUGAAGGAGCUGAGCGCCAUGCACGAGACGCACGACGGCAUCGCCGUGUCCAUCUCUAUACCGGUGUGCUCGCAGGGGUUUGUUGUCCUCUACGAAGCGGACACCAGCAGCGUGAUGGCACGCUACACGGUCUCCCGCAUCUCGUUCUACGCGCGCGGCGCGGCCGGCUCGCCCGUGGCCGCGUGCUUCGCCUUCACGUGGUCGCACGGCGAGACCAAGGAGUCCGCCGUGUAUAGGUGCCACGUGUUCCGCUGUCAUAUUGCUGAGGCCGUCACGCAGGUGUCCAGUUGCUUCGCCAAAGCGUUCGAGCGCAUCCCUCGCUCCAUGGCCUCCUCCGUGGUGGGUGAGCUGAGCGCGCCGGCGUCCAUGUGCGCGUCGCUGCUGGACGCGCCCGCGCCCAUGCAGCUCAUGCACGUGCUGGAGUGCACCGUGGACAUCAAGGAGUCCGACGCUAAGGGCACGUUCAGCCAUGUGCCCAAGGAGCGGCUGGGCUUCAAGCUGCGCGGCGGCAUCGACAAGCAGGUCACCAUCAACGUGCAGCAGGUGUCCAACAACCCGCAACCUGAGGGCGAUGAGGCGUCAUACACGGGAGGUCUUUACAUCGAGCGUUGUUUCGGCAUCCUGCUGGCGCCGGGCCGCGGCGUCAAGCACUCAGACAUGAGGCUGCUGGAAAUGGUGAGCGGCUCAUCGGGCGGGUCCGGCUGCUCAGUGUGCGCUCUAUGGAACGCGGGCGAGUCGGCGCUGGCCGCCUUCAACGUGGCCAGUGGCGACGGUGCGCCGGCGUACAUGUCCCUAGCUCUGGACUUGGUUAUUAGAGGGAUACCGGAUCCUCUGCGAUUGGUAAUCGAAACGCCCGUGAAGAUAUUCCCCCCAACGGAGCGCUACUGGUACUACUCCAAGCGGCCGCUCGUGCAACAGUUCUACAUCAACUUGAAAGAGGCCAUAGACGCAGCGGGCAUCCUCCAGUAUGAAGUGGCGAGUGUGGAGACGAGUGGCGAGCUGGACCGUUCGAGACUCAACUUGCCGCUGUCACUGUCCAUCCUACUCGCCUCGCCUUCUGCCGCGCCCGCGCCGCCUUCGCCCUCUGAACCCGAUUCGGACGGCGAUGAACCACUGCUCAGCGGCACGGGUGAAGUCUCCAAAGAUUGUGAAGAAGAUGUCCUGGAGAAUUGGGCCCAGGUUCUCAGGAGCUGGACGGGUCCCCGGCCGCGCGCGCUCAGUCAACUCGUGCGAGUGGGCGUGCCCGAAGCUCUGAGAGGCGAGGUGUGGCUGCGACUGGCUGGGGUCCACCAAAAUGAUCCACUGAUGGAUACGUACAGGACUCUUAUUAGCAAGGACUGCCCAUUCGAGUCGGUGAUCCAGCGAGACAUAGCGCGCACGUUCCCGGCGCACGAUUUCUUCCGCGAGGCGGGCGGCGUCGGGCAGGACUCGCUCCUGCGCAUGGCCAGAGCGUACGCCGUGUAUGAUGUGGAAGUGGGCUACUGCCAGGGGCUGAGCUUCUUGGCCGCUACUUUGUUGCUUCAUAUGCCAGAAGAGCAGGCGUUCUGCCUCCUCGUGCGUCUCAUGUACGGGUACGGGCUGCGCGAGCUGUACAAGGACGGCUUCGAGGCACUCUACAUGCGUCUGCACCAGCUCGACCGACUCAUGGAGGAGCAACUGCACGAGCUGCGCGCGCACUUCGCGGAGCUGGGCGUGGAGCCGCACAUGUUCGCGUCGCAGUGGUUCCUCACCGUGUUCACCGCGCGCUUCCCGCUGCCGCUGGUGUACCACAUCCUGGACGUGUUCCUGCUGCAGGGCAUGGACACGCUGUUCCAGGUGGCGCUGGCGCUGCUGUCGCGCGCGCGCCGCGACCUGCUCGCGCACGACUUCGAGGGCGUGCUCAAGUACUUCAGGGUAACGUUACCAAAGAAAUGUCGUGCGGAGGAGGCGUCGCGGCAGAUAGUGAAGCUGGCCUGCAGCAUCAAGGUCAAGCGACUGCCCAAGUACCAACAGGAAUACGAGAAGUUUAUUAAAGAAUCGGCUGAAAAGGAGAAAAUAAACGUGGAACUGGAAAGGCUGAAAGGUAUAAACACACAACUGCAACAAGACAAAGAUAUACUUGAGAGUCAGCUGGCUGAGUCUCGAGAAGCAACAAAAGAGGCUUUGAAGGAGUCUGCGCACCACGCGGCCGUCGCGCGCGACUACCGCGAGAUCUGCGCGCGCCUCGACCGGCAGCUGCACCACGCGCAGGACGCUAUCAAAGGCUGCGUAGCGUGCGGAAUGAAACUCACACAAAAGGACAACAAAGAAGAAGACGCGUCAGGCACGCUCUCAGACGCCGUCCCGGGCGACGGCGCGGCGUCGCUCCGCCAGCGUGUGCGCGACCUGGAGCUGGAGCUGGCGCAGGUGAAGCUGGCGCACGUGCAGGCGCAGUGCAGCAACCAGGAGCUGAGUCACCAGCUGAACGCGGCUCUGAGCGAGGUGCAGGCCGCCAUGAACCAGAAGCAGACCGUCACGCCGUGGCUCGUGCGCACACUCGGUUCCAUCAUGGAGGCAGCGCAGAACCGGCCAACGUUCCAGACGUACUUGACAGAGCAGAGUCCACCAAUCAGGAGGCAGAGUUCGUUCUCCAACUCGCACGGAAGUCAGCCGCAAUUGGACCGCCGCGUCUCCGAGCCAUACAGCCCUGACGUUAGGAGGAAGCGGGACCAACCGGCGAAACGUCACUCUAUGAUCGUCGAAUCCACCAUGGCCAAGGACGCACAGGAAAUCACCCGUAGGAGCCAGGAGCUCACGCCCGCCAACAUGGUCAAAAACCUAUCAAUGGGUUGACAGUAUUCUUUUUUUGAAUUUUGGUUGGCGUAAGUUUUUAAGCGCGACUCGAAAUUUUUGGAAUGUUCAGGUUUGGCUUUUUGCGUCCGAUCUUAAGGUGAUUGAAAGUUUAAGCUGUGUUGUAUGUUUUCUAUGAAUCUCCGUUCAGCAGCUGUGUAGAUUUGGAGUGACGUUUGUAUUCUACAGUCUGAAGUGCCGUUACACUAGUCAAGCGAUAAAAAAUCUGUUUUUAUUUAUCUACCGCUUUGUUGUGCAAUAUAACUUGUGAUUUGAUUACCUUGCGAACUGCUAAUGUUCUGGAUCAUAACUAAGUUCUGGACUUGUAUAUUGUCAUAUAGCUACUUAACUGGUGUCAGAAUGUAAGGGUUGUUAAGAUAGGCUUUGUCUUAGGCGGACUUAUUGCCAUAGAAUGAGUGCCUUGAAAUCGACUCUAGGUUUAGAAAACGACUCAGAUACUUGGUGAUUGGUAGAGGUUUGAUAGGGCUACUGCAGCGACCAAUCAGCGUCCAGUAAAUUGACCAAUCGCUGAGCAGUCAGUCUCCGAUUCGUUCUCUGUCUCAAAGUCGAUGUAUGAGGAUAUACGGAAAGUAUGUGCGGUAAAUAUUCGAAGAUGGGACCUAAUGUUAUAAAAAUAUAAUAUAGUAAAGUAUGUAAAUGAUUUAUCGAACAGUACAGUGCAUUAGUGCCAGUAACGAUAACUAUGUCUUGAAAGGCGAUACAAAUAUAAUUUAAUGUUUCUCGCCCAUUGAAUGAUGAGUUUAAUUCAUGUUCAUUCAAUAGUAUUUUUCCUAGAUGUUACUUGACUUUAGAGCACUGACUGUGGCGAUACAUAUUAUAUUAAUAUCGUGUGUGAUUUGUGAGCAACGAAUCGCUAGAGGAGGCAAAGGUAUUAUACUAUAAAAUUGAUAUUAAAUAACAUACAUUACUAUAAUUUUUAGUUUAAAUGUGUGUUUUAAAAUAUAUGAUUGUUUUGUAGAGUAGUAACUGUACUAAUGGAUUUGUCGUAAACUCUACUUAAUGGAAGUUGUAAUCGUAGAUUAUGUAUUUGUUCUUUUCACGAUAAUAAUCGUUGGUUAAAUAUUAAUUAUGAGUAGUGAAAUUAUAGUAAAAGUA